AUGAGAUUUCGUAAUAAAAAAACUUAUGAUGUGUGUUUGGUGAGUUUGGCUGCUCCCCUUGUAACACCCACACAACAGCAGUAUCAUUCACAGGACGAUCUUGGACAGUACUCAUUCGGUUACAGGGAACCAUUAUCAGCUAAACAGGAAGUGCGUUCCUUGGAUGGUGUCACUAGAGGCGCAUAUAGUUACAUUGAUGCUGAAGGUAAAUUACAGACAGUUCAGUAUACUGCUGAUGCUGAUGGAUUUCAUGUAGCUGCUACAAAUUUACCGAAAGCUAUGAGCGUGUCUAAUUUUCGUCGCCAAAGUGCGCACAUUCCAGUUACCAACAAUGUUCCAGUUGCCGACAAUGUUCCAAUUACCGACACUAUUCCAGCUACCGACAAUGUCGCAGUUGCCUCAGCCCGUGCAGUUCACUUGGCAGGUAAUCAACAGGCUGGGUUGUACCUGGCAGAACCUAUCACCAAUAGUCUCAAAUCCACCGGAAUGGACGCAAAUGACCGCAAUUUGGAAUUGUCUAACACCGUGGCAGAUACCCCCGAGGUGGCCUUGGCCAAGUUAGAGCAUUUAAAGCGUAUCGAAUAUGAAAAGGAGCGUAACGCUUUGUUAAGCCAUUCUAAAUUAUAUACCGCAUCAACAUUCAUACCAACAAGUUUGCCCGUCGCCAUUCUACCACGCUUUUACGGCUAUAGUUUUGUUUAAAUCCAAGCUUGACGAUAUCUAAGAUAUAUAUUUAAAGCAUC